AUGGCAGAAGCCCUGGCCGUGAACGGCGCCCGCAGGGUAUACAUCCUGGGUCGUCGUGCCGACGUGCUCAAGGAAGCCGCAGCCAAGUAUCCGGAUGUCAUGGUGGCCGUUGUGUGCGAUGUGAUUUCCAAGGAAUCCCUCCAAUCUGCUGUGGAUCAGGUCACCAAGGAGACCGGGUAUAUCAACCUCUUGAUCGCCAACAGCGGCAUCUCCGGGCCGAAGAACAACUAUGACCUCUCCUUGUCCGUGUCCGAUCUGCGCACGAAGCUUCUCAGUCCUGCCAUGGAGGACUUUACCCAGACCUUCCACGUCAACGUUACCGGCGCUUGGUUCACAAUGGCGAGCUUCUUGGAGCUCCUGGACGCGGGCAACAAGCACGCCGUGUCUGGCGCAGCCGGGGCCUUUGGCGCGCCGCUCGAAGGGGCCAAGCACCCCAGCAUCCAGAGCCAGGUCAUCUUCACCGCGAGCCUGGCGUCAUUCUCGAGGAGCUGGUUCACGGCCCCGGCGUAUGGAGGGAGCAAAGUCGCGAUCCUCCAUCUCAUGAAGCAGGCCGCCACGAACCUGGCGCCAUAUGGCAUACGGGCCAACGCGCUCGCACCCGGACUCUUCCCGUCGGAAAUGACAACCGGCCUGUUGAGCGGCCGUAACCCGGACCAAGAGACCCAGGACAAUCCCAUCUGGAUCCCGACACAGAAGUUUGGCGGACCGGAGGAAAUGGCUGGUGCGAUACUUUAUCUGGCGAGUCGCGCUGGGUCUUUCACCAACGGGAAUGCCAUUUUGAAUGAUGGCGGCCGUGCAUCAAUUAUCCCGGCGACUUAUUAA